CGGGGAGAGCGGGCGGCGGCUGCGGGGGUUCGGCGUGUCGCGUCCCAGGGCGGCCGUGAUCGUGCGCCACGAUGCCUGCGGUGUCGAAGGGCGAUGGCAUGCGAGGCCUGGCGGUCUUCAUCUCCGAUAUCCGCAACUGUAAAAGUAAAGAGGCAGAGAUAAAGAGGAUAAACAAAGAACUAGCAAACAUUCGGUCAAAGUUUAAAGGUGACAAGGCUCUGGAUGGUUACAGUAAGAAAAAAUAUGUCUGCAAACUGCUCUUCAUCUUUCUGUUGGGACAUGACAUUGACUUUGGUCACAUGGAGGCUGUAAACCUGCUCAGUUCCAAUAGAUACACAGAGAAACAAAUUGGCUAUCUGUUCAUCUCGGUGCUGGUGAACUCCAACAGCGAGCUCAUCCGCCUGAUAAACAACGCCAUCAAGAACGACCUGGCCAGCAGGAACCCCACCUUCAUGGGCCUCGCCCUGCACUGCAUUGCCAACGUGGGCAGCCGCGAGAUGGCCGAAGCGUUUGCUGGGGAAAUUCCCAAAAUUCUUGUGGCUGGGGACACUAUGGACAGUGUGAAGCAAAGUGCUGCUUUAUGCUUGCUGCGCUUGUACAGAACUUCUCCUGACCUUGUUCCCAUGGGAGACUGGACAUCUCGAGUGGUGCAUCUCCUCAAUGACCAGCACUUGGGUGUGGUUACUGCAGCUACAAGUCUGAUCACCACUUUGGCACAGAAGAACCCAGAAGAGUUCAAGACUUCAGUCUCCUUGGCAGUGUCUAGAUUAAGCAGAAUUGUAACUUCUGCAUCAACAGACCUUCAGGACUACACAUACUACUUUGUUCCUGCUCCCUGGCUAUCUGUGAAACUUCUGAGGCUGUUACAGUGCUAUCCACCUCCAGAAGACCCUGCGGUACGUGGCCGUCUGACAGAAUGCCUGGAAACCAUCCUCAACAAAGCACAGGAGCCACCAAAGUCAAAGAAAGUGCAACACUCGAAUGCGAAGAAUGCUGUCCUCUUUGAGGCAAUAAGCUUAAUUAUACAUCAUGACAGUGAGCCAAACCUACUAGUCCGUGCCUGUAACCAGCUAGGUCAGUUCUUGCAGCACCGAGAAACUAAUUUGCGUUACCUAGCACUGGAAAGCAUGUGCACGCUUGCCAGCUCUGAAUUCUCACAUGAGGCUGUGAAAACACACAUAGAAACAGUUAUCAAUGCAUUGAAGACUGAAAGAGAUGUAAGUGUACGACAAAGAGCUGUAGAUCUCCUGUAUGCAAUGUGUGACCGAAGCAAUGCCCAGCAGAUUGUGGCUGAAAUGCUCAAUUACCUGGAGACUGCUGAUUAUUCCAUUAGAGAAGAAAUUGUUCUGAAGGUUGCAAUUCUAGCUGAGAAGUAUGCAGUGGAUUACACCUGGUAUGUGGAUACAAUCCUGAAUCUGAUUCGCAUUGCUGGGGACUAUGUCAGUGAAGAAGUGUGGUACAGAGUCAUUCAGAUUGUCAUCAACAGGGAUGAUGUGCAAGGAUAUGCAGCAAAGACUGUUUUUGAGGCCCUUCAAGCACCAGCAUGCCACGAGAAUCUUGUAAAAGUAGGUGGCUACAUCUUGGGAGAAUUUGGAAAUCUGAUAGCAGGUGAUCCAAGAUCAAGUCCCCUCAUCCAGUUCAACUUGCUACAUUCCAAGUUUCAUCUGUGUAGUGUUCCUACCCGAGCUCUGCUUCUGUCUACCUACAUCAAGUUUGUGAACCUGUUUCCAGAAAUCAAAACAACAAUUCAAGAUGUGCUGCGCAGUGACAGUCAGCUAAAGAAUGCUGAUGUUGAGCUGCAGCAGAGAGCUGUUGAGUAUUUGAGGCUCAGUACUAUUGCUAGUACUGAUAUAUUGGCUACAGUGUUGGAAGAAAUGCCUCCCUUUCCAGAGAGGGAAUCUUCUAUUUUGGCUAAACUGAAGAAGAAGAAAGGCCCAGGCACAGUUACUGACCUGGAGGAGAUCAAAAAGGAGAGGACCUCUGACAUGAAUGGAAGUGCUGAACCUGCCAAUGACACUGCUGUUACUACUCCUUCUCCAUCUGCGGAUCUGCUGGGUCUGGGUGCUGCCCCUGCCACCAAUGCAGCUCCCCCACCUUCCUCUACUGGUAGCCUGCUCGUGGAUGUAUUUACAGAUCCAGCUUCUGCAGUUGCACCUCUUGCUCCAGGUUCUGAUGACAACUUUGCGAGGUUUGUGUGUAAAAAUAAUGGAGUCUUAUUUGAAAAUCAGUUGCUACAAAUUGGCUUGAAGUCUGAAUUUCGACAGAACCUGGGACGUAUGUUCAUAUUCUAUGGUAAUAAGACAUCAACACAGUUCUUGAAUUUUACUCCAACAGUAAUCUGCUCAGAUGACCUUCAGUCAAGCCUGAAUCUUCAGACAAAGCCUGUUGACCCCACAGUGGAUGGAGGUGCACAGGUUCAGCAGGUUGUGAACAUCGAAUGUGUGUCAGACUUCAUGGAAGCUCCAGUCCUGAACAUUCAGUUCAGGUACGGCGGAACGUUUCAAAAUCUUUCAGUAAAAUUACCCAUCACUCUGAAUAAAUUUUUCCAGCCAACAGAGAUGUCAUCUCAAGACUUUUUUCAGCGUUGGAAGCAGCUGAGCAAUCCAAAACAGGAAGUACAGAAUAUCUUUAAAGCAAAGCACCCGAUGGAUGCAGAGAUCACGAAAGCAAAGAUAAUUGGAUUUGGAUCAGCCCUGCUUGAGGAGGUAGAUCCCAAUCCUGCUAACUUUGUUGGUGCUGGUAUCAUACACACAAAAACCACUCAGAUUGGAUGCUUGCUGCGCCUUGAACCCAACCUCCAGGCACAGAUGUAUAGGCUCACACUACGAACAAGUAAAGAAGCUGUAUCUCAGAGAUUAUGUGAAUUGCUGUCAGAACAGUUUUAAUAUUAACCAUGUCAGUUUUGGUUUUUCCACUUAUAUCACUGUCAUCAUACUGCAAAUAAAUGUCUUGUACAUCA